GCAUAUUUUGUGAUUUAUAAUGUUCAUACCAUCAUACCUAUCAUUUUUUUCAAACGUUUUUUUAAAAACUAUGAUGUCAAAUCGAUAAUAUAAAAAAUAUCCCAACCCAAUAUUUUUGUCAAUUUUAUAUUGCUAAUUACCAAUAUAAUUUUAUAUGGAAAAUUUAUAAAUGAUAUAUUUUUCGGCAUGAAUCAUGCUUAAACUAAUAUUAUUAUUCAUCAACAUACUUUUAUUUCUAAAUGCCCCCAGUCAUGGUCAACAUUCUUAUGCCGGAUGGGGCAAAAAGGUUGAAAAUAUAGUAUUAUACCCGGAUAAAUAUUCAUGGUGCGAAUUGAAGGAGAUCAAACAAAUUAUUAACUAUCCUGGUUGUAAAUCAAAAAUAAUAACAAAUAAAGUUUGCGUUGGUCAAUGUUUUUCAUACUCUAUUCCCAGAACUAUUCCCGAAAUUCCAGGCGAUAGGAUGCUACAUUACUGUGAUAGUUGUCGACCCGUUAAUUUUACCUGGGAAAAAAUAAGUUUGGAGAUUAACGAGCCGGAUUUGAAUACAGAAGAAAAAUCCAUGGAUAUUUUGGUUGAGUUGAUUCAUGAUUGUUCUUGUCAAAGUUGUUAUGGCUCCAAUUCCUACGGAGGGUAUACCGAAGAAAAGAGUCAAGAGUUCGCUGAAGUCAAUCAAAUACCAUCUGAUAUUAUAAUGGAAUUGUGAAAUGAUUGUGAUAAUGCUGUAUGAAAUAAAGAAUAUACGAUUUUUUAA